AUGAAGACUUUAGAUGAGCUGGAAACUAGCAUAGUUAGAAUUGAAUCAUGUCUCAAUGUUAGGGAGAAAGGUACAUUGCCUUACCAAACUCAACCUAACCCAAAAGACCAAUUUGAGGUUAAAAUUUUUAACUUGGAGCAAGCUAAUGUUGUCACCACUCUUAGAAGUGGUAAGGUGAUUGAGACUCCGAUGAAGGUGAAGAUUAACAUACCUCUCUUGAGUGUGAUUAAGCAAGUUCCAGCUUACGCCAAGUUCUUGAAGGAUCUCUGCACGGUCAAGAGGAAGCAAAAUGUGCAGAAAAAGGCAUUUCUCACAGAACAGGUAAGUUCCAUUCUUCAGCACAACACUCCUCCCAAAUAUAAAUAUCCGGGAUGCCCUACUACUUCUUGUAUAAUAGGGGAUUUCAUGAUCAAACAAGCACUUCUGGAUUUGGGAGCUAGUGUAAACCUCCUACCUUUCUCGGUUUAUGAGCAGUUGGGUUUAGGUGAAUUAAAACCCACCUCAAUCACUCUAAAACUUGCGGACAGAUCCGUUAAAGUACCGAAAGGGGUAGUUGAGAAUUUGUUAACUCAAACCGGUAAAUUUUACUAUCCGGUGGAUUUUAUCGUUUUGGAUACUCAACCUGUAGCUAAUGCUAGUAAAGAAAUACCUGUCAUCUUAGGUCGUCCUUUUCUUGCAACUGCAAAUGCCUUGAUUAAUUGUCGAACUGGAAUAAUGAACCUUUCAUUUGGAAAUAUGACUGUUGAGUUGAACAUAUUUGAUGCAUGUAAAGAUCCAGGUGGUAGAGAUGAUAUUCAUGAAGUUAAUAUGAUUGAAACAUGUGUGCAGGAAAAAGCAUCUCAUAUAGAAGCAAAAGUUCCUUUAGAAGCUUGUCUUCCUAAUCUGUUGGAUUUCGAUGAGGAUGGAUACAUUGAAGAAGUUAAUUCUUCACUGAAUUCAUCCUUGUUGUUGGAUAUGGAUAAGUGGCAGUCUAGAUUUGAGUCGUUCCAAAUCAGUGAGACCGAGCCGUUGUCUCCAUCCGUGGAAUUCCCAAAGCCCGACCUUAAUCCUUUUACUAGUGAACUGAAUUUUGAUGUUUUAUGCCAAAAUGGAUGUUCAAGUUUUCAUACCAUCUGA